UUUUAUUUAUAUACAUAGUUCAAGGGAUAAUACUGUUUAUACAUAUAAAUAAUGACACAGUUAACAGCAGAAAAAGUAGCUAAUUAUUUGCCUUUGGCGGGGAAAAUGCCUCAUAUUUCAGGUCGUAUUAUCAAUGUAACUCAUCAAAUUCCUUAUCAUAUUUCAAAAUCUUCUAAAGUUGUGGUAACAAAUGGUAGUUUAAAUACUCCUCCUCUCUCUCCUCAUAGCAAUUAUAAGACUCCUAAUGAAGAACAAGAACUUCUUGCUGCUCCUGUGUCUAAAUUAGGUCGUCAUCAUGUUCGUAGUCGUACUUUGCGCGUCAAGUUUCGUGCCGCUGAAUGGUUAAUUGUUCAAAAUCGAGGUCAUGUAGCUCUUAAUUCAGGUCUUCAAAGUUUAAAUGAAGAAUACCAAACUUUACAUAUCGGUUGGACAGGCCCUAUUAAGGAUGAGUCUACAAAAAAGAUUAUUCCUGCUGAAAAUUUGACAGAGGAAGAUAGGGCAAAGAUCAAAGCUUUAUUAAUGGAAUCUGGUCAUAUUAUACCCAUCUUUUUGGAUAGUAAAUCCCGAGGUCAUUAUGAAGGUUAUUGUAAAGAAGUUCUUUGGCCCUUAUUUCAUUAUCUAGUUUGGACUAAUGAUUCUGAUGGUACAGCUGAAAGACAAUAUUGGGAAGAUUAUGUUGCUGUAAAUCGCCAAUUUGCUGACACUAUUGCUAGCAAUUAUCGUCCUGGAGAUAUCAUUUUUAUCAAUGAUUAUCAUUUACUGCUUGUUCCCGAAAUGUUGAGAGAGAAAAUUCCUGAUGCUUCUAUUGGUCUCUUUUUCCAUGCCACUUUCCCGAGUUCAGAAAUCUUUCGUUGUUUAACAACCCGCAAAGAAGUUCUUCAAGGUCUGCUGGGUGCAAAUUUAAUUGGAUUCCAGAUUUAUUCUUAUGCUAGACAUUUUAUUGGAUCAUGUACUCGUGUACUGGGUUGCGAAUCCACUCAAACAGGUGUUAAUGUCAAUGGACAUAUUGUAUCCGUAGGCACAUUCCCUAUUGGUAUUGAUGCAAAUCGUGUUGAACAAUUCCGUAGUGAACCUGCAGUAGCGACAAAGAUGAAGGCCAUUCGUGAUAUGUACGCUGGUAAAAAGAUUAUUAUUGGUCGUGAUAAAUUGGAUGCGACAAAGGGUGUUCUUCAAAAGCUUCAUGCAUUUGAAAAAUUCUUGCAUGAUUAUCCUGAAUGGAAUAAGGAAGUUGUCUUGAUUCAAGUAACAACACCUACACAUGGUGAUAACUCCAAAUUAGAAACCAAGGUAUCUGAGCUUGUAAGCCAUAUCAAUGGCCAGUAUGGUAGUCUUGAACAUUCUCCUAUUCAUUAUUAUCAUCAAGAUAUUGAUCGUGAUGAAUAUUAUGCUUUACUCUCUGUCGCUGAUGUUGGUUUAAUUACUAGUUUACGCGAUGGUAUGAACACGACCUCUUUAGAAUAUAUCAUUUGUCAGAGAGAGGCCCAUGGUCCUCUGAUAUUAUCUGAAUUUACUGGUACUGCAGGUUCCUUAAGUGCUGCCUUAAUCGUCAACCCCUUUGAUUAUGCUGGUGUCGCUAAAGCAAUCAAUGAGGCCCUGUUAAUGACCCCUGAAGAUAAGACGGCUCGUCAUACUCAGCUUAUCAAUUAUGUCCUUGAACAUUCUGCUGCCUUCUGGGCUAAAUCCUUUGUUCGUCAACUGGUCGAGAGUACAAAGAACUUUUCUCUUCAAUCUCAGGCGACUUAUCCUCUAAACCUUGAUCAGUGUAUUCAGUCUUAUAAGAAAUCAAAUAAACGUUUGAUGUUCUUUGAUUAUGAUGGUACCCUGACUCCUAUCGUCUCUGUUCCUACCGAUGCUAAACCUUCUCCUGAAAUGCUCCAUUACCUUCAAAGCCUCUGUAAUGAUCCUCGUAAUGAAGUCUGGGUUGUCUCUGGUCGUGAUCAGGCUUGUCUUGAGGCAUGGCUCGGUCAUGUCAAGAACCUUGGCUUAAGUGCUGAACAUGGCUGUUUCUUUAAAGCCGCAGGCUCUUCUCAAUGGACGAAUGUGUUGGAUGAUAUUGAUAUGAGUUGGAAGAAGGAUGUCACGGAAAUCUUUGAUUAUUACACAGAACGUACAGAAGGUAGUUUUGUGGAACAUAAAAAGUCCUCAAUUACCUGGCAUUAUCGUAUGGCUGAUGAAGAGUAUGGUCAAUUCCAAGCUAAAGAAUGUCAAAACCAUUUAGAAAAUUCAGUUGUUUCAAAGAUGCCCGUUGAAAUUUUAGUAGGUAAAAAAAAUUUGGAAGUACGUCCGAUGAUGAUCAAUAAAGGUGAAAUUGUAAAACGUAUCAUUUCUCAAUCCCCUAAUUCGGAUUUCAUCAUUUGUGCUGGUGAUGACAAGACGGAUGAAGAUAUGUUCCGUACUCUUUCUGCAAUGUACUUUGCUCAUUAUCAAGAUCAAUUAAACGAGGGAAGCUCAGUCACAUGGAAUGAUAUUAAAUCUUCUCUUUACACCAUCACCGUCGGUCCUUCCAUGAAAAGGAGUAUGGCUAACUGGCAAGUUGAAAAUCCUGCUGAUAUCAUUCAUCUUCUUGGUAAAAUGGCAGAAGCCGAUAAAUAAUAAACUAUUCCUGUGCCCUGGUGGCAAAUUUCUUAAG